AUGAAUCACAUCUCCUCCUUGCUCAGAAGCAACCCAAACUACCUCAAAACCUGUAUCCUUUAUGAGGUACUUGACAACAAGCCGGUCUUCUAUUCCUACAAAUCAUUCUGCAAUAAAGUUGGGCCGGAAGUAAUGAGCUACAACGAUUUCGACUACUGGUACUAUCGGUUCUACAAUGGGGAGUUGAAUUUUGAUCAUGAUCGGAGCACUGACCCAAAGCAAAGAGGGUUUUCUGACUUGCCAGUGGAGAUAUUGAAAAAAAUUGUGAAGGACUUGGAUCCAGUUGAUCGGGCCCCGCUGAGAUGCAUGUCAAAACUGCUGAAGGCUGUAGCGGAUAGUUACCUACCAAUCUAUAACGAAAUUAGUGUCGAGCUAUCGAAAGACUUUGCGAAUUUUGAGUUGAACGACAAGGAGUUCUUCGUUCACAAAACAGUAGACGGGUGUUUCAUAAAAUUCGCUGGUAGACCUACUGUGAAACUGGACAUGAACUAUCUGGAGAAAUCUCUCAAGACUCUUUCUAGCAUAUGGAACCAUCCUGGAUUCCAAGUCGCCACAUUUUCAUUGUCCAUGUCUGACUGUCAGGAUUACCAAGCGCUAUUCAACUGUCUACCUGAUGUAAUGCACGUGAAACAUUUGAAACUUGAUACCAACGCCGCUCAAGUAACACGCCUUCUACCGCAUUUCAAGGCUGGAGUACUUGAAUCGAUUUAUCUGGAACCGUAUACAACUGGAAGACAGCGGGAGUUUGUGGAGUCGGAGCAAUGGAAACAAGCGAAACGUGUCACUAUCAACUCUUUGAGUCUGUUCAACACAAGUCAUCUCCCACAUUUCUAUCAUUUUGAGAGUUUCAAGAUAGUCAUGAGAAUGUCAAGAGUAGAGCAGAUCGUAGCGUUGAGAGAUAUCCUCUUGCAAAACCCCAACUUCCAGUUUUGUCACCUGAAGUCAAAAUCCUUCCAGCAUCAUGUGAUGGCUAUUGGAGAAGCGCUUGGUGCAGAGGUACAGGAAGGAAAUAAUAUCAAUCAUCGUCAUUGGAUUCCUGAAUCCAAGAUGCUCUUGGUGAUCAAACUGGACAAGGAUGGAAUGUCAUUUCAACGAAGAGCUCCUUUUUUUCAUAUCAAUGGAGAGAUGUUCUGA